CAUUGUGAUGGGUGCACACAUAGCCAUAAAAGUGCAGACCCCGACACACGAAAGCCCCGACGAGAGAACCGAGGAAAGUUGUGCGGGGCGCGCAACUUAUCCAGACCUCACGAAGAGAUGACAUCCCACCGGAGAGACGCGCACCAACUGAACUGCACGGUUUAUUUUGUUGAGUGAGAAAAGUUUCAUGAAGAUAUACAAUGUUUAUGAAUGGGAGUUCUCUGAACAGCUCUGCACUGGACCCUAGCGAGCAAGCACUUCACCGGCCGCCCUGGGUCACUACAACUCUCGGGUGUUUCCUCAUAUUCACUAUAGUGGUGGAUAUUUUAGGAAACCUGCUGGUGAUUUUCUCCGUCUACAGAAACAAGAAACUUCGGAACGCAGGUAACAUCUUUGUGGUGAGUUUGGCGGUGGCGGACCUGGUGGUGGCCAUCUAUCCGUAUCCGCUGGUCCUGACCUCCAUAUUUCACCGUGGCUGGAACCUGGGAUACAUGCACUGCCAGAUCAGCGGAUUCCUGAUGGGCGUCAGUGUAAUCGGCUCCAUUUUCAACAUCACCGGCAUCGCAAUCAACCGCUACUGUUAUAUCUGCCACAGCCUCAAAUAUGACAAGCUCUACAGCGACAAAAACUCAGUUUGCUAUGUACUGUUAAUCUGGGCCUUGACGGUGCUUGCUAUUGUGCCCAACUUGUUCGUAGGCUCCCUGCAGUAUGAUCCACGGGUUUAUUCCUGUACGUUCGAGCAGUCGGCGAGCUCGGCAUACACGAUCGCUGUCGUCUUCUUCCAUUUCAUUCUUCCCAUCAUGAUCGUCACCUACUGUUACCUGCGAAUCUGGGUUCUGGUCAUACAGGUGCGAAGACGAGUGAAGCCCGACAAUCGUCCCAAGCUCACGCCUCACGACGUGCGAAACUUCGUAACAAUGUUUGUUGUUUUCGUACUCUUUGCCGUGUGCUGGGCACCAUUAAACUUCAUCGGGUUGGCGGUAGCGAUUUCUCCUGAGCGCGUGGUUCCUUUAAUACCUGAAUGGCUCUUUGUGGCAAGUUAUUUUAUGGCAUACUUUAACAGUUGCCUCAAUGCAAUCGUCUAUGGAGUUUUGAACCAGAACUUCCGUCGUGAGUAUAAGCGCAUCGUGGUUUCAGUAUGUACUGCCAGGAUCUUCUUUGGGGAAAGUUCUAAUGAAGCGCAAGAAAGACUCAAGAGUAAACCCUCGCCACUCAUGACCAACAACAAUCAGGUCAAAGUGGACUCUGUGUAAGCGUGAAAAGAACACAGAAAAAUCAAUCCUUGCUUGAAACUAAGCAAACUUGAUUUAGAAAAAAAAUCUGAUCACUAAUAUGUUGUUCAGGACAUGGCGCUGAAACUGUGAUUUGUUGCCUCAACACAAUCAAA